AUGGAUCUUGCAAACUUUUCAGCAAAGCUGGAGCCAUUCUUGCUCAUGGCGAAAUCAUUGAAAGGAGCCGCCGCCGCCAAACUCAUUCAAGAUGCCACUUCUGCACCCGGAGUCUUCGUGUUCGCUGAAUUGUUGGAGUUGCCAAACAUCAAAGAGCUGGAAAAAAGCGAGCAACACUCCAAAUUCUUUUCAUUGUUGCAACUAUUCUCUUAUAAGACAUAUCAGGAUUACCUUCAGCACAAGGAUGAGCUUCCGCCAUUGAAUCAGAGCCAAAUCACCAAGCUGAAGCAUCUGACAAUCGUAUCAUUGGCAGCCGACCGUCGCAUACUCCCUUACGCAGAUUUGCUGAAAUCCCUUGACGUCUCAAAUGUACGAGAGCUUGAGGAUCUCAUCAUUGAUGCCAUCUACCUCGACCUUUUACAAGGAAAACUCGACCAGAAGGAGGAACAGCUAGAAGUGUCGUACACCAUGGGCCGUGAUCUUGAACCAGGAAAACUGGAAUACAUCUUAUCGGCAUUGAAAGACUGGGCGUCGACAACAUCAGCCGUUCUAGCUACCCUCGACAAUAAAAUCAAUCAGAUCGCUGCGGAUGCUGCAGCUGCAAAGGCCAGCCAACAAGAGCACGAGCGUAUACUCCAGAACAAUCUCAAGGAGGUUCAUGAAAAGCAGAAGGAGAAGAGCUUGGGUGGUGGAAUGGCGACCAGGCGAGGGGCUCAGUUCCAAGUGGGUGAGCGGGAGAAUAUGAACAUGGAUGUGGACGACGAUAGCAAAGGGAAAAACAGAAAAGCUUCUCAGGAGAUGACACCCAAACUUCCGAGAAAAAGGAACAAGUUCUAA